AUGGGCAAAUGGGCGAAGUACUCAAGGUCCUACAAGGAAAAAUGGGAGAGAGACCCAGAUUUCAAAGAAGAUUGCGUUGGCAUUGGCACUGACGGCGCUAGUGUUAUGUGUGGGCGAAACAACAGCCUGUUCACUCGCAUGAAGGAAGUUAACAGUGUUAGGUGCGUUUGUCACUCGUUGCGCCUUGCGUGCAACGAAGUGGUUUCUGUUUUGCCCACACAAGUUGAUUUUCUUGUACGUGAAUGCUUCAACUGGUUCGCGCACUCGCCUAAACGGCAGCAGGAGUAUCACGCUGUGUUCGCUGCCAUCAAUUCUGGUGACAGGCCCAAGAAGUUGGUCGGGCUGUCUGGCACGCGGUGGCUUAGUAUUGCAGGCGCCAUUCGAACGGUCCUUGACCAAUGGGUAGAAUUGAAGACUCAUUUUGAGUUUGCAAGAACAACAGAGCGCUGCUAUACAGCUAAAGUGCUUAGCGACAUGUUCAAUGAUGACCUUAACCUGCUGCUGGUGAAGUUCCUCAGCCCCAUCAUUGAUGAGUUUGACCGCAUGAACAAAUUGUUUCAGAGCGAGAAUCCGGACCCGUCGAAGUUGUACAGUGACUUGCUGUCGUUUGUGAAGUGUCUGAUGUUGCGUGUCGUCUUGCCCAAUCAUGCGUCGCCCGGAUCGAACUGGGUGGGAAGCGCACAUCAUGGAUGUUAG